AUGAGUAAUUAAUAUUUAUAAUAUAAUAAUAUAAUUAAACAAAAAAAGACUGCACCAUAUACAUUAUGGUUGUUACUUUAACCAUUGUAGUAUAGGGAUAAUAAUGUCUUUUGGAUAUUUUGGAAAAUUGCAAUAAAUACAGCAUUAUAAAAAUAAAAUAAUUAGUCAAUUGUAUAAAUUUCAUCUCAAUUUGCUAUUAUAGCUCAGGAAAUUUUGUUUGCUCGCGCCAAUUAAAUCGCAAAUUUUACUCAGCGAGAUAAACGUUUAUAAACAUUAUGUAGCUGAACAUUUAUGAGAUACGUAAUAACUGGUGAAUUUUGUUUUACUUAUCCUUUGAUUACACGUAGCUGUAGGUGAAGUGAUUUUGUCGUGAUAUCACCUCGUAUUUGGGAUUAAUUUCAACGUGCAUCACUGUGAAAAUUUUAUCCUAUUCUUAGUUGCACAUUAUUAUUAUUAGUUCAGAAUAAUUUCNUCAUAUAUGUGAAAAAUCUUUAAGUGAUUUACCACCAAUACUAGUGAAAAAAAAAUAAAAUACUUGAUGAAACUAUUAAUUAUUGUCAAUCUGAAAAUUUAGAUUUAGAAAAUAUAGAAAAUAUAGAAAAAGAAACUGAAUAUUUUAAAAAGCAGCUUGAUGAAUUAAUUAAAGAAAAACAGGUGUUCUUUGAAGAACUUGAAGAUAAUAUAAAAAAGGUUAAAGAUCACGAUCACUUAACAGGAAAAUAUCGAAGAGCUGCUCAUUCUAUAUGUAACUUAAAUUAUAAGGUUUCUAGAUUUAUUCCAGUAUUUUUCCACAAUCUAUCUGGUUAUGACGCACAUUUAUUCAUAAAAAAAUUAAGUAUUGAUAAAAAUAAUAUAAAAACAAUUACAAUUAGUGAAGAAAAUGAUGUAUCAUUUUCAAAAAAUAUACAAUAUAUACAUAUAAAUCCAAUUACCAAAAACCCUGUUUUAGAUCUGAAAGGAAAACCUAUUUUUAAAACAGUUGAAAUAUGAUUUCUUGAUUCUUUCAAGUUCUUGUCUAGUUCAUUAGAAAAAUUAGCUAAUACUUUAAAACCAUACCAGUUUAAAGAACUAUCUAAACAUUAUCCUGAACAAUUGGAUUUAGUAAAAGGAAAAUUAGCAUAUCCUUAUGAAUAUAUGGAUUCUCCAGAAAAAUAUGAUGAAGAAUCUCUACCUAAUAUAGAUAAAUUGUGCAGCUCUCUUACAUGUGAACAUGUAACACAGAAUGCAUAUGAAAAUGUUAAAAAAAAUAUGGGAAAGAUUCGAACUAAAAAAUAUGAAAGAUUUUACCAUACUUUAUAAUAAAAUAUAUGUAUUAUUACUUACAGAUGUAAUAGAAAAUUAUAGAGAUGUUUCAAUAAGACAUUUUAAGUUGGAUCCUGUUCAUUAUUAUAUAACUCCAGGUUUAGCGUGGAAUGCUAUGCUUAGAAAAACAGGUGUAGAAUUAGAACUAAUGAGAGAUAUUGAUAUGUAUUUAAUGUUUGAACAAGGAAUUAAAUGA